AAAGUGGACUGUUGGCACAGGUCAAACGUAUUAGGUGAGACAACCCCCUGUGUGAUUGCAGCUGUUCCUCCACCGGUUCCACGCCCAUUGACUCGGUGAACUUCACACUCUUACACGCGCUAUUCUGCUUCACACCACCCAGGACCUACUCUAGUCUCAAUACAUGUUGGAUAUAUUGUGUCUAGCAUAUUCCUGCUGUUGUGGCAUCAUAUACAGCGACAUGAAGACUGAAGACCCGGAAACCGCCGACCCUUCUCAGACCGCUAGGAUCAGCCUUAAAAGACAAUCAUUGGAGAAAUGUGUGGUUACCAUGGUGGCGUUGUACCUUGGUGGGGAAUUCAUCUACUAUGUAUUGGGCGACUUAGUUCCAGGCAAGGCCAAUAACCAUCCUAUUCUCACAUUCCUAAUAUUGUUCUCGGUCCAAUGGUUGUUCGAUUACCUGUACAGGAGAUAUAGAAGCGUGUAGAUACAUAUAUCAAUCUUGGGAAAUAUGUGAGCGACGAUGAUGAAAGCCAGCGUCAAGCUGGGUGUUACUGCGUUAGGCCCAUGCUGUGCCUAAAGUAUGUCCGCAUCAACUAAUGAAGA